ACCGGUGGUAAACGAAACGGCUAACCAUGCAGCGUGCCACAUACUCCUCGGCUUCACGGGUGGGCUCAUCUCCUGCGCUGGAGGAUAUAAGUCUUCGAGCUCGCCGGACUUUGAACAGUAACGCAGCUGCGCUGGACAUUCUUUCACUACGGGACUUCGUCAUUCAUUCGUUCUUUUGCCUUUUCAGUCACUCUUUUGUCAACUUUUGACUCGUCACUCAUUCCAAACAUCACUACUCGCAUCAAUAUAUACACUAUGAAGUCCGUAGCUGUCCUCCCCGCCAUCAUGGCGCUGGCCAACGCCCACGCCACUUUCCAACAACUCUGGAAGAACGGAAAGGAUCUUGAGAGCACCUGUGCCAGGCUGCCACCUUCCAACAGCCCCGUUGAGGACUACACCAGCACUGCGCUGCAAUGCAACGUUAGCCCUGCUCCCGCUGAAGGAAAGUGCGACUUUGAGGCUGGUGAUACAGUCACUAUCGAGAUGCACCAGCACAACACCCGUGACUGCAAGGAGGAGGCCCUUGGUGGUGCUCACUGGGGUCCCGUCCUCGCGUACAUGUCCAAGGUUGAGGAUGCGGCCACUGCCGAUGGUUCCAGCGAGUUCUUCAAGGUUUACCAGAACACCUGGGCGAAGAACCCAGAUGCCACUCAGGGCGACAACGACUUCUGGGGUACCAAGGAUCUUAACUACAACUGCGGCAAGCUUGACUUUACCAUUCCCAAGAACAUCGCUCCUGGUGACUACCUCCUCCGUGCUGAGGCUAUCGCCCUUCACGCUGCUGGCCCCGCUGGUGGUGCUCAGCACUACAUGACCUGCUACCAGCUUACCGUCACCGGUAGCGGAACUCUCGAACCCAAGGGUGUCACUUUCCCAGAGGCCUACUCCAAGACUGGCCCUGGUCUUGGUUUCUCCAUCCACGCCGACCUAGACUCGUACCCCGCUCCUGGCCCUGCACUCAUCGCUGGUGGUACUGAGGCUACCCCCGAGCUUCUCACCUUCGGUAAGCUCGCCGGUGCCCCUGCUGCUACCGCUACCGGCGGUGCUGAGACUCCUGCUGCCUCCACCCCGGCCUCCGUUGUCGCUUCUUCCACCGCUGCUCCUGCAUCCACCAGCGCCGCUGCUGAGGCUGAGCCUUCUUCGGUUGCCCCAGUUGAGGUCUCUUCUGCCGUCGAGAGCUCCGCUGCUGCUACCUCUGUUGCCGCUUCUUCCGUCGCCGCACCCGUUGAGACUGAGGUCUCUAGCAUCGUUGCUCCCUACCCCGUCGCGAACAGCACCUCUUCGAUGCUCCCCGGCACCGUUUCCAGCGCUAUCGUUGCUCCUACUACCAUGCUCACCGCUGUCCGCCCCACUCCCACUGCCGAGCCAUCUGGUCCCAUCAAGGAGUACUACCAGUGUGGUGGCCAGGGCUUCAAGAGUGUCAACAAGUGCGCUGAGGGUCUUGAGUGCAAGGAGUGGAACCCAUACUACUCCCAGUGCGUCAAGCCCGAGGCCAACAAGCCCGGUCCUUCUAAGGGUCCUAUGCCCUCCGCUCCUGCAUCCAAGCCCACUGCUGUUGCGCCUAAGCCUACUGCCGUCGCCCCUAAGCCUACCGGUGCUGCCCCCAAGCCUACCCCCGAGGCACCCAAGCCCUCUGCUGCUAAGCCUACCCCUGCCGCCCCGAUCGAGGCUGAGCCUACCUCCGUCGCACCUGAGGCCGUUGAGCCCACCAAGCCUGCUGCUUCGUCCGCACCCGCCGCCGGUGCUGGCGAGAAGACCUACACCCUCGAGACCUUCAUUGCUUUCCUUGAGCAGGAGGCUGGCACUGAGUCUGCUGCUAAGAUCCGCCGCAUGAUUGAGGCUCUUCAGUAGACAAUCUCGCAUUCUUUGCGAUGAUCGUUUUGUAUAUAUACUUACCCUAGAUGGGUAACUUCAAUUCUUGUAGCGAUGUUUUUGGAAUGAUAUUUCUACUUCUUCAUGAUCACCACUGUGCUCUGCAAACUUUGCCAUCCUCUCAGUUGCAUGCCGUUCUGUUGAUCUAUUUGAUCAGAUGUAUACUAUUGCAUUACAUUGAUGCCCUUAUGCUGCACACACCCUCAUUUGUACCUUGCCGCGGCCAAUCUGAACCUGACUCAAAUCUUGAUAAAGUGCCCACUCCAGACUAGUCGCGUUCAAGAUACUGAUGGCACUAGGGGUUGCUACAACUCGUAUCGCAGUUUGUAGUCUGCAGUAUACAUGAUAUUAGAUGAUAAUGACUAGGCAGUUCCUUGAGACAAUGUAUCCUCCAAACCCGGAUUACACGUAGGACGCG